AUGGCUCCUAUGCCGAAAAAGAAAGCACCGCCAAAGCCUACUAAUUUAAGACCUUAUGAGUGUGAUUUAACUAUUAAUAAUCAGCACUUAAUUAUUUUAGAAAUCAGUCCUUAUUAUGAGAAGCAUAACCGCGAAUACUGGGAAAGCUUACAAAGAAAAAAAGCCCGUGGAAUUCCCAUAACCGACGAGCAAUUAAAAAGAAAAAUAAUUAGUGAUGAAUUAAUUUGUGAAUUAGUGAAACAAUUAAAUACUGAAUUGGUGGAUGAAGAAGUGUGGUGUUUUGAUGAUUAUGAAAGUGAUGUUAUUGGGAUAGUGGAUUGUUAUCGA